AUGUGGACAACCGCCAACUUAGUACUGGCCGUCGCUGGUCUUGUCUCAGCGCAAUGUACUGGCAGCACUACCAUCUCAAGCAGUUCUCAGGCAACAGCGCUCGCGCAAUGCCAAAGUUAUGAUGGUGAUAUUCGUCUCGGAUCCGACAUCACGGGUUCAAUUUCACUUGAGGGUGUGGUUACAAUCACUGGAGAUCUUGCAUUGGCAUAUGGCACGGAAAUAACCAGCCUGACUGCUCCUGAUCUUGUUACCAUUGGAGAGACUCUGAGCAUUAGCAACAAUGAUCUUCUGACCAGCAUCAGCCUUCCAUCUCUUAAGAAUAUCGACAGGAUCUACAUCAGUGGUGCACCAAACUUGACGGAUAUUGUUUCUACCAAUGGAAUAUCCAACAUCAGCACUAUUCAGAUUUCCGAAACAGCAUUAACCAAACUUGACUGGCUAAAGGCCGUGAACAUCUCUAGGCUUGAGUUAACAGAGAAUCCUGGGCUGAGCGACGUCUCUCUUCCCGUGGUCAAUGGGUUGGGCUCCUUCACCUUUGAAUGGAACGGCCCAGCAAUGAAGAUAUCCCUUCCGAAUCUAGAGGCGGCGUACAACCUCACAUUCUCACACGCGCAAGAAAUUGAUCUGUCUGCCCUCGAAUUGGUCACUUAUUCUCUUGGUUUCAUUGCCAAUGAUCUUGAAUCUCUGUCCAUGGAGAAGUUAUCCAGCCUUGACAACUUCAUGCUUUGGAACAAUACGGCUUUGUCGCAGCUGUCGCUUCCAAUCCUCACCAAUGUAACCGGAGAUAUUGUAACAAAUGGAAAUACAGCUCUGGGAACUCUGUCACUGCCAAGCUUAGAGCGCGUACGUGGGGAUAUCGCUUUGAAUGGGAGUUAUACGAAUAUUUCAAUGCCCGCGCUCGUCGAUGUGCAAGGAAAUGUUGUCAUUCGGAGCUCGACCGCUUUCAACUGUUCGUCUCUAACACCCUACGAUCAGAGCGAUGUCUUCAAGGCCCAGUACAAUUGUACUGCCUCCGAACUGGCUGCUACACCCUCUCCUGCACCUGACCCAGGCUCCGAGUCAGGUGGGGGAGGUGGCUUAUCCACUGGAGCCAAGGCCGGAAUCGCUGUAGGAGUGGUACUUGGAGUCCUUGCGGUUGGAUUCGCCGUGUGGUUUCUAUUGAAAAAGCGUAAAGUGAGCAAUGGGUCCAUCCAAGCCCCAGGGACUCAGGCCGAUGAGACGAAGACUGGUACCUUCAUCGACAAUAAGUCUACACAAGGUCCUUACGAAGCAGAUUCUCAAGCGGUUGGUCGCGCCGAGCUGCCCACGGGCCACAAUGACCAUACAAGCACUGCAUAUGAUGGCAAGCCGACCAGCCACGGACGGGCAGAGCUGUUUUCUGAGCAUCCAGAAUUGCACGGCAAUCAGCGAGGACCAACCUAG